UUGAAGAUAUGUUUGAGCAGAUAAAGUCAAAGCUUCCGGCAGCUCCCAAAUUUCUACUCUGCCUUUUAUCUGAGCGCAAAAAUUCUGAUGUUUAUGGACCUUGGAAGCGAAAAUGUCUUGUUGAAUUUGGAAUUGUGACACAAUGCAUUGCACCUCAAAGAGUUAAUGACCAAUACCUUACUAAUGUUCUACUAAAGAUCAAUGCAAAGAUAGUUGGAAUUAACUCAUUAUUGCUACAAGAGCGCAUGACAAAGAUCCCCCUUGUUUCUGAGUCACCGACAAUUAUACUAGGCAUGCAUGUAUCACACGGCUCACCAGGACAUUCUGAUGUUCCAUCAAUUGCUGCGGUUGUAGGCUCACGUCAAUGGCCUUCUAUUUCUCGGUACAGAGCUUGUGUAAGAACCCAAAGUCCUAAGGUUGAAAUGACAGAUUCUUUGUUUAAACCAGCAGGUUCUGAUGAUGAUGGCAUUAUCCAGGAACUUCUGAUAUAUUUUUACACAAGCUCUGAAAAAAGGAAGCCUGACCAAAUUAUUAUUUUCAGGGAUGGUGUGAGUGAAUCUCAGUUCAAUCAGGUGUUAAACAUCGAGCUGGAUCAAAUUAUUGAGGCAUGCAAAUUUCUUGAUGAACAAUGGUGCCCUAAAUUUUUGGUGAUGAUUGCCCAAAAGAAUCACCAUACCAAGUUUUUUUAACCAGGAUCACCUGAUAAUGUUCCACCUGGUACUGUAGUUGAUGACAAAGUUUGUCACCCUAGGAAUUAUGGCUUCUACAUAUGCUCUCAUGCAGGAAUGAUUGGAACUCCACAUCCAAGGUUCGGUUUUCCCUCAAGAGCGAAAAGUUAGGGUUUCAAUUACCAAGUUAUGCAUGUAACCAUGAAGAAAAUUUCGGCCACACAUUCAACCAACAUCAAUUUUAAUUUUCCCCAAAUUCAAGAAUUAGGGUUUCAACCAUCAAACCAAAACCCAUGAGUUCAAGGCAAGAAGUUCAAAACUGAAAUUAAACAAGCCA